GACAUUUGUAUCACUCCAUAUUCCAAUCAACGGGGUGACGUCAUGACUGUGUAUCUAUGUCUCUCACUAACUGUACCAGUGAAGCUCACUCCACCACACAUAACCUCCCCAUGUCUCAUCUCACAGCUCGUGCAGUAACCAUCUGCUGCCGGCCAUCCCGCUGAAAGGGAGACAGCGGGAGGGGAGAGAAGAGGGAUACAGACAGACAGACAGGUGGCUGGUUACACAUAGAGCGCGCGCGCAGGUGCUCCCUCUCUCCACUACGGACGCGUGCCUCCUCAGAUGUCAGAGGCGGGAAGCUGCUGUGCCUCGCGCUGCAGGACAACGGCAGGAUGGCGGGAGGACGACGAGGUCUGGUGGCUCCUCAGAACACCUUCCUGGAAAACAUCGUCCGCCGCUCCAACGAUACAAAUUUUGUGCUGGGGAAUGCUCAGAUUGUGGACUGGCCAAUUGUCUACAGCAACGAUGGCUUCUGCAAGCUCUCUGGUUACCAUCGAGCUGAGGUCAUGCAGAAGAGCAGCACAUGCAGUUUUAUGUAUGGAGAGCUGACAGACAAGGAGACAACGGAAAAAGUGCGGCUGACUUUUGAGAAUUAUGAGAUGAACUCUUUUGAGGUUCUGAUGUACAAGAAGAACAGAAUGCCAGUCUGGUUUUUUGUCAAGAUUGCUCCCAUCAGGAACGAGCAGGACAAAGUUGUGCUUUUUCUCUGCACCUUCAGUGAUAUCACCGCCUUCAAGCAGCCAAUAGAGGAUGAGUCAUCAAAAGGCUGGGGUAAAUUUGCCCGUCUGACCCGGGCGCUAACCAGCAGUCGUGGAGUUCUUCAGCAGCUCGCUCCAGCCGUCCACAAGGGAGAGAGCAUUCACAAACACUCCCGGCUUGCAGAGGUUCUCCAGCUUGGUUCAGACAUUUUGCCUCAAUACAAGCAGGAAACUCCAAAGACACCACCGCACAUCAUCCUGCACUAUUGCCUCUUCAAAACCACCUGGGAUUGGGUCAUCCUCAUCCUCACCUUCUACACCGCCAUCAUGGUGCCCUACAAUGUCUCAUUCAAAACAAAGCAGAACAAUGUCACCUGGCUGGUGGUGGACAGCAUUGUGGAUGUCAUUUUCCUUGUGGACAUCGUUCUCAACUUCCACACCACCUUUGUUGGUCCAGCCGGGGAAGUCAUCUCAGAUCCAAAGCUCAUCCGCAUGAACUACGUGAAGACCUGGUUCGUCAUUGACCUGCUGUCCUGUCUGCCUUACGACGUCAUUAAUGCCUUUGAGAACGUCGACGAGGGAAUCAGCAGCCUCUUCAGUUCACUCAAAGUGGUCCGACUGCUGCGUUUAGGCCGUGUUGCUCGGAAGCUUGACCACUACAUAGAGUACGGUGCCGCCGUACUGGUUCUGCUGGUCUGCGUGUUUGGCCUGGCAGCCCACUGGCUGGCGUGUAUCUGGUACAGCAUCGGAGACUACGAAGUGAUCGAUGAGGAGACCAACAGUGUGAGGAUGGACAGCUGGUUGUACCUGCUGGGGGAGACGGUGGGGAGACCGUACAGACUCAACUCCUCCGGACGCUGGGAGGGCGGACCCAGUAAAGACUCAGUCUAUAUCACCUCGCUGUACUUUACCAUGACCAGUCUGACCAGCAUUGGCUUCGGGAACAUUGCACCAAACACUGAUGGGGAGAAGAUCUUUGCUGUGGCCAUGAUGAUGAUCGGAUCGUUGCUUUAUGCGACUAUCUUUGGUAACGUCACCACCAUCUUCCAGCAGAUGUACGCCAACACCAACCGCUACCACGAGAUGCUCAACAGUGUGAGAGACUUCCUCAAACUCUAUCAGGUUCCCAAAGGCCUCAGUGAGCGAGUGAUGGACUACAUCGUAUCCACCUGGUCCAUGACCAGAGGCAUCGACACUGACAAGGUGCUGCAGAUUUGUCCCAAGGACAUGCGGGCGGACAUCUGUGUCCACCUCAACAGGAAGGUGUUCAAGGAGCACCCAGCGUUUCGGUUGGCCAGUGACGGCUGUUUGCGAGCCCUCGCCAUGGAGUUCCAGACCAUCCACAGUGCGCCGGGUGACCUCAUCUACCACGCCGGAGAGAGCGUGGACAGCCUUUGCUUUGUGGUGUCGGGAUCGCUGGAAGUCAUCCAGGAUGAUGAGGUGGUGGCCAUUUUAGGGAAAGGUGACGUUUUCGGGGACGUGUUCUGGAAGGAGAUGACGCUGGCUCAGUCCUGCGCGAACGUCAGAGCGCUGACCUACUGCGACCUCCACGUCAUCAAGCGCGACGAGCUGCAGAAGGUUCUGGAGUUCUACUCCAACUUUGCAAACCACUUUGCCAGAAACCUGGUGCUGACCUAUAACCUGAGGAAGAGGAUCAUCUUCCGUAAAAUCGUUGAUGUGAAACGUGAAGAGGAGGAAAAGCUGAAAAGAAAGGAUGAAGCUCUUCUGAAUCUUCCUCCUGACCACCCGGUCCGUCGGCUCUUCCAGCGGUUUCGGCAGCAGAGGGAGGCUCGGCUCGCCGCUGAGCGUGUCUGUCUGAGUAGCGGGGAUGUGGAGAAAGGUGUGGCUCACCCGGAGCCCAGAGGGCCACAAAUACUAGCCUCCACCAGUAUUACCAUGGUAACUGAGAGCUCUGACACACCUACCACCUCCGCCUCAUCUACAGCAUCGCUCUCAUGCAGGAGCGCCAACCGAGUCGUUCACCAAACUUCUGUGGUCCAAAACGGUAACAUAGCCGGAUGCAAGUCUGUGGAGCCGCCCAAAGCUAAAGGCUGGGGACGGUUCAAGGAGGCGGUGGUGAAAGCUGAAUCGUGGAGCAGCGUCUCCAAGGCGGAGUCCAUGGAAACGCUGCCCGAUAGAACUAAGUCUCAGGAUGGAAUGUCCCUGAAAAAAACCGACUCCUGUGACAGCGGCAUCACAAAGAGCGACCUCCGCUUGGACAAUGUCGGCGAUGCUCGGACUCCUCAGGAGAGGAGUCCAGUCCAGUCUGAGGAGAAGAAGGUUUUCUGUUCCAUACCAGAGCAAAGCGUGCAAGCCUCUUUCCUCGAGCUAAAACAGGAAUUAAGAGCAGACAUCAAAUCUCUGAAUAGCCGCAUGGCGACGUUGGAGACUCAGCUUGCUGAGCUGCUUGGACUUCUCAAAUCCAGGAAGUCGUCUGGCUGCUUCUUUGAAGCGUCUCGACCUCCUUCCCCAGAUUCCGACAAAGACAGCCUAUCUUAACACGGAUGGGCUCCACCUUCCAUGUGUACAGGGCUUGUUGACUCAAAAUGGACCUGAAAUCUGAGGGAAUCAAACGGAGUCUCCAGAUGUCAACAAAGAACAUCUGCUGAUCACAUGGAGGACAGCGACUCCUCUGAUAUUGUUGCACUCAACUGUUUGAACUGAAAUGACUAUUGUUAUUUUUGCGUUAGGAGUCGCCUCAGUUCUGCUUGCACCUUUACUUCUCAGGAGAGUUUGAGACUGUCCGACCUCCCCCUCUUAUCAGCAAUAAGUGUUGGCUUUACCGUAGUUUAGCUGGACUCUGGCACUGUGAUGAAGGGCAUUUUGUCAUGACCGUUUAUCGGAUGCCUUUUUUUCUCUGAUGAAGCCUGCUUAACUGUUCUCAACCUUCUGCUACUGAAGCAAUGAAGCCUCCAUCGCUGGUCAAGGUUAGCAUUGUCGGACUUUUCCUCUUCACAUCGGGUCAUCUCAUUCACAUUAGCGUCUCUUUGUGGUUUCCGUCCAAACCAACGUUAUCUGAACAUUUUGACUUCAUACAAAGGAUCACUGAUGAAUGUCCUUACUAGAGCUCAACACUGUGCACAGGCUUCAAAACCUUAACUUUUCACAGCGGUCUUGUUUUCUAUUGCCAGUAAAUGUGAAGGAACACACUGUGAGAAAGAAAAAAGCCAGUUCACGUCACUAAAGUGGAAUUUGCGUUUCUUUUCAGAGCAUUUGGGGAAGUUUAGCCUCGUACUGACUUUGCUGUUUGCUCUUUUCUUGCUCAGUCAUGAAAUCAUGCAAAUAUCUGUGAAAACAGCAGCAGCAUUACAGGGUUUUUGAACAAUCUAUUAUCCAUUGUUACUGAUUAUCUUACAAUGUAGAUACUCUUACACUCACAUGUACUAACAUCUGUUUGUUUUUUUUGUCAAAGGCAGCCACUCUGACAUUUGUGGUUUUGGUCAUGUUUCACGGUUCCUUGGACCUGGUUCUUCUGCUUCCAUAUCAGGUUGAUUUUUAUGGCACAUUUCCCAUCCUGCUACCACUUUUCUUGGGCUCAUCCAGGACUGGGCUGUGGGGCCAGCAGUGUAACGCCUUAGACACAUGCACACGUAUUGGUGCUGUGGGUUUUUGGGUUUUCCAGGCCCGUGGACGGUCAUAGAGUGGAGCAGCUGCAUCUUAAGAGGCGCACAGGUGAGCCUGGUAGUUCGUUUGAGGCUCGUACGAUCAUCUGGAAGGAACGUUGUAAAACUGGAAUGUCGUGUGUGGCAAAUAACCGUGAAGUAUUUGUAAGGAUAAUGUACGUUGCAGGCACUUAUGCCACACUCUAGUGGUUAGUAAGAUGCAAAUACAUGGCGUGUGCAAUACAUAAGUGCCCUCAUUACUAAUACUACGUCCAUGUUCUUUAUCGAGCUUUUAGCAUAUUGUGGACAAGCACUACUUGAUCCUAGCGUAUGUAUCUACGGUUUGAGGAGGCUGGUGCGAAAUGUCGUAGUGUCGCAUAUCUUUCUCAAUGCUUUUAAUUUCAUUGAUAGAUGAAAAAUUUCACGUCAUAAAAUUCCAUCCGGGCACAAACUGCAAUUUCUUCUCUAUAAUCAAAUUUCAAAGGGGUGGCACUUUCCAACAAAGUCCAAGUUCCCGUAAAACCCGAAAAACAAACUUUUAAACUUAAGUAGCUACGCGUGAACGCUUGGGUUUUGAACAUAGAAGCCCGAAAUGGACGUAUACACGUGUUUACAUACCUUUCAUUGGAAGUGGAGGCUUUAACGCCCGUUUCCAAUCUGGUGUGAACGUAGUAUAGCAGUCAGGCUGCCGGCAAGAAGCACGCUCUUAUCACGUACACAGCACUAAGGGCUCCCUGCACAGUCGCUGGGUUUGGGACGUUAAAGUAAAAUAUAACCGUGCUACAUACCUGCAAUUCAACUACUUCACCCUUACUUACCCGUACAUGCUGGAUAAGUGUUGGCUUCGACUUGUCACCCACAGCAUGCCUGUAGACAAAAAAAUGUACACAAGCAUUUUCUACUGUACGGGCUCAAUGAGAGGUCUAUAAUCUUAAAAUGUCAUGCAGGCCACCUGUGUAUCCUGCACAGGUUUGCCCACUUUUCACUCACAGACACUUGUGACUAACGCAAAAACAAAGAUGCCCAGACUUCCCUCUUCCUGACCACUUCCUCCAGCUCCACAGGGUACUCCAAGCCGUUCCCAGGCCAGUAGAGACACGUAGUUUCUCCAGCGUGUUCUGGGUCUUCCCCGAGGUCUCCACCCAGUGGGACAUGCCUAGGGGGCCGGCUUAACUGGCUCCUCUCGAUGUGGCUACCACUUUGAAAGACUUGUUGAACAACCAAUGAAGUUACUAAAUAUGGAACACACUUUAUGAUGAAGAAACCGUGACAAAAAACAGCACACCAUCAGUUCCUCUGUUUAUUUAACCCUUGUGCUAUCUUAGAUGACCCCACCCUUCCAUUGACGUGUUCUCCCUACCAGGACAAAGGUGGAUAAAGGUGGAAAGAUUUC